AUGGCGACCACUCCACCUCCUCCAUCGCCAUCUGCGCUGAGGAUGCCUGCUGCACCACUGCAUGGCUCUGGAUAUGACACCUUCGAGCCCUACCCAACGCGAUCUUCAGCAAGACUGGCCAGCCAACGCGCGUCAAGGAAGGAGACAACCCCACCAAACCCAGGGUCACCCAGUACGCGAAUCGGAUCACCAAAGAAAGGACGAAGGACCGGAGAAACAGCUUUAUCCACACCCUCUGGCUCCAGCUCAACCAACCAGCGACGCGGAAAGGCUAUGGCUUCUCUGAUGAGUAGUGAAUGCAGCAACUCUCAGUUUGGAUUUUCUUCUUCGUCCCGUGCCUCUACAAGCCACCCUCUUCCCACACCUGCAAAGACUCCUUCCAAGAAAAGCACCCCAUCCAACUUUUCUUCCACUUCGCGCACACUGUUCCCUUCAGCCAGCAAAAUGGGUCGACGUCGUACUCCCUUUGCUCUGGAGUGUUUCGCCGACGAUCCCGCAUUCUCCAACAAUAUCGAGAUAUUCACUGAUUCUCGCGACCGUAUCCCUGAGGCGUCCACUGAUCAAUCAAACCCUUUCAGUGCUGCACCUGCUGAAAUGCCCAAGACUCCUGCACGUCGUAAGCCUUCCCCUCGUCGCGAGGGCCGUGUGACCCGUGCCGCACAGAGGGAGAUGGAUCUGGAGAGUAAUGAAUCCAUGAACUUCAUGUUCCGUGGCAAGCGUGUCAUUCGAAAGAUGGUUGAGGAUGAGGAAACCGACUCUGAUGACCCCAACGGCUUGAGUCUGUUCUUGUCACGCCCGGAUCUCUUGCCUGACUCUGAGGUCCUGAAUGACCUCAAGCCUCUGCGUGCCGAGGAUGUCAAACCCCGCAUGCUCUGGGAGCGCAAGGAUAAGCCUCGCAAGCAGAGUACCAGCUAUGAGGAGUCUCUGGAAGACGCCGCGACUGAUGAUGAAGAUAUCUUCAAUCUAGAUCCAAAGUCUCCUGCUCCUACUUCCCUUGAUCUGCAGAAUGCCCCUGGUGCACGUACGCUUUCUGAUGGACGCUUUGGCACCCCUGAGGAAACUCCUUCCGGAGCCAAGCAAGCGGCGACCGCGACCGAUACUCAACCCAAACGCCCCUUCGCCAACUGGAUGCGCAAGAAGAACCCUGAUGACAUCUCUCCUGCCACCACACCUGUCAAGCGUGGACCUAGUGAUGAUAUGGCCAACCCAGUCGACGUCCCUUCGUCCAAGCGAACCCGGGCAGGUGGACGCCGUUAG